UGAUUUGUCAUCGUACGAAGGGAAGGAGGAUUAUUUUCAGUGUUAUCACAAAACAAAAUCGUUAAGUGGCCGACGGGGAUACACAAAUAUAGAUCAAUUAGGAUCGGUCGUUUGAAUUGCUUUUAACGCAUUGGAAUGAUAUUUAGAUAGUUAAUAAUAAAGUGAAAACAUUCUCUUGCAAGAUUUCAUCCACUGAAUCCUAAUUGUUGAUUAAUAUUUAUUGAAAUAUUAUAUUACACAAAAAAUGCUGGUGCUAGUACUAGGCGAUUUGCAUAUUCCUCAGAGGUGCAGCAGUUUACCGGCCAAAUUUAAAAAGCUGCUGGUUCCGGGACGUAUCCAUCAUAUCCUGUGCACUGGGAAUCUGUGCAGCAAAGAAUCGUUCGAUUAUCUAAAAACAUUGGCUAACGAUGUGCAUAUUGUACGUGGUGAUUUUGACGAGAACAUGAAUUACCCAGAGCAGAAGGUUGUUACCGUGGGUCAGUUUCGAGUAGGCUUAACCCACGGCCAUCAGGUUGUUCCAUGGGGUGAUCCGGAGGCAUUAGCACUGAUCCAGCGGCAGCUUGAUGUGGAUAUCUUGAUAUCCGGGCACACCCAUAAAUUCGAGGCAUACGAGCACGAGAAUAAGUUCUACAUUAAUCCAGGAUCCGCCACGGGAUCUUAUUCCGCACUCGAUUCUGCCGUCAUUCCGUCGUUCGUUCUGAUGGACAUCCAAAGCACGACUGUUGUGACUUAUGUUUACCAACUUGUAGGAGACGAUGUUAAAGUAGAACGGAUUGAGUAUAAGAAAAAUUAGCCAGCCAAGUUAUAUUUUGUAUAUAUUAUUGAUCUAUGUUACUAUGUAUUUGACUAAUCUCUGAGGCAAUAAAUGCAUUCUAUCGAAUUACAUAUCAUGUCGUUCCUAGAGUGGUAAAAA